ACAAUCUUCUUGUCCGUCAACUGUCAGCCGCUGGGAUUUUUAUUCUCCUUGGCGCGCUAAACCCAACACAGAACUAGCGCCAGUGAAAUUGUGCAGAAUGCCCACACAAACCAGUAGUGACAGCGACAAGAGCGACAAAGACAGAGCACCUCGUCCACCUCGUCCUCAAGCCGUAUCGGGACUAUUAUAUCCAUCAUGGCUGAGUAAGUGAUGUCCCUUGUUCAAGAUCUGGAAUCAUGCUAACAGUUUCCAGGAAAGAAGUCCCCCUCACCGCCGUCCAGGUGGACGCGCUGGUAUGGCCCUCGAAAUAUAUCCCCUCCGAUCCGCAAAGAGAUACUGAUACCCCACGUAUAGGUGGUCAUGAAAAUCAUCAAGCACUCCUCUCAGACUUUCCCGACAGCGGCGACCGGUUCGAUCGUUGGUAUGGAUGUUGACGGCAUCCUGGAGGUCACCAACUCUUUCCCUUUCCCCGUCGUCGAGGUGCCACCGGAAUCGCACUUUGACAACACCACGCCCAACCCUGCAGCGGCCGCUCCGCGAGCAAAGGCCAAUGUCGCCUACCAGAAUGAGAUGAUCCGGAUGUUGCGGGAGGUGAACAUCGAUGCGAACAACGUCGGAUGGUACACGAGCGCCAACAUGGGCAACUUCGUCAACAUGAACGUUAUCGAGAACCAGUACUUCUACCAGAAGGAACUGAACGAGAGGACAGUUGCGCUCGUCCAUGAUGUCAGCCGUAGCUCUCAGGGCGCCCUGAGCCUGCGGGCGUUCCGUCUGUCGCCGCAGUUUAUGACUGCGUUCAAGGAGAACAAGUUCACCGCUGAGCAGCUCCAGAAGUCGAACUUGACCUACCAGCAAAUCUUCGUUGAACUCCCCGUGACCAUCCACAACUCUCACCUCCUCACCUCCUUCCUCCACCAGCUGCCUUCGCCUCCGCCCUCGCAGCCUCUGGACUUCCCGCCAUCGCUCGCUGCUCUGAAGACUGGACCGCUGGCGUCUUCCACUCCUCUGAGCCCCAACUUCGACAACCUGACUCUGAGCAUCGACCCGUUCUUGGAGAAGAACUGCGACCUGCUCCUGGACAGCAUCGAGACCCACCACACCGAGAACAACAACUUCCAGUACUACCAGCGCUCGCUGGCCCGUGAGCAGCAGAAGAUCGCUCAGUGGCAGGCGAAGCGCAAGCAGGAGAACGCCAGCCGUGCGGCGCUCAAGCAGCCCCUGCUUCCCGAGGACGAGUGGCAGCGACUGUUCAAGCUGCCUCAGGAGCCUAGCCGGCUGGAGAGCAUGCUGAACACCCGACAGGUGGAGCAGUACUCGCGCCAGAUCGAUGGCUUCGUGUCGUCGACGACCGGUAAGAUGUUUGCCGUCAAGGGCAACCUGCUUCCUGGCGAGACGGCCAACUGAUUGGCGUUUCUCGCGGUCUUUUUUUGUUUUAUCUCGACCUGGUGAUUUUGUGGGCCUUGCAUGACCAUAUCGGCGUAGGGAGGGAAAAUGUGUAUCUGGCUAUUUAAUAUAGAGAUGGCCAUUUCUCCUGUUUGCUUAUUCCAGUGACGAACCACCUCACGGGAUACGAUUCAAGAGCAUCAUACAUCUUCUUUUUCAAAAAUUUUCUAGUUUCGUCAUACACCGUAGCUCUUCCUCAAUUCCUGUAUUCCACUCACCCAAAGGUGGCAAGCAACAGUCAGCAUAAAGUAUGGUAUUAUGUAGUUACUGUACAUCGAACUGCCUCGAAC